AUGCCCAACACCAACCUGCGGCGCCCACAGAAGGGCUUCAGGAGAGGAGGAAAGCUUGCAUACCAUGGGAAAUCACGGACAUUUGCCGCCUCUUCAAGAGCGGAGGGGACCUCGGCCGACGAGAAAUGGGAGCGCACCAGACAAGCUCAUAGUAUCGACCAGAACAUGGGCUUCGGGCGCUUCGAGAGUGGCAAGAAGAAGGAGGGUUGGUUAGUCAAUGUCCAGCCUACGUCUAUCGAGGAUGAAAGAAUACCAGCCGGUCGAGCUGCCCUCGACUGCUAUUUCCUCGAAGAAGACGGCAACUAUUUCAAGGCUACUGUCGAGUACGAACCGUAUUUCCUCAUUGCAACAAAGAGGGGCCACGAGUCGGAAGUCGAGGAAUGGGUAAAGAGAGUCCCCGGCGGUGGAGUCGUCAAGUCGGUCAAGAAAGUUGAAAAGGAUGAUCUUGACAUGCCCAAUCACCUCAUGGGUUACAAACGAACGUUCCUGGAACUGAGGUUCUCCAAUGUCACCGACCUCCUGGGGGCAAGAAGGGACCUCCUUCCGAUCGCAGAGAAAAAUAGGAAGAAUAUGAACGCAAUGGAUGCAUAUGCGGAAGUCGUAUCAGCGAGCGGCAACUUUGACCUUUUUGACGAUUCACGAGAUGACGAAAGAUUAAUGAAUAAUUCGAUUGAUGCAAGCGAUUUUAUUGUUGACAUCCGAGAAUACGAUGUCCCAUAUCAUGUUCGAGUAAUGAUCGAUUUAGAUAUCAGAGCCGGUGGCUGGUACUUCGUUGAAGCCAAGCACGGCGUUACCAAGAUCACACCUAAUGAGGGCAGAUCGCUGCCUGCGGAACCAGUGGUUCUCGCUUUUGAUAUUGAGACAACCAAAAUGCCGUUGAAGUUUCCCGAUGCCGCAACCGACCAAGUCAUGAUGAUUUCAUACAUGAUCGAUGGUCAAGGUUUCCUCAUCACAAAUCGUGAGAUUGUGUCGGAAGAUAUUGGUGACUUCGACUAUACACCCAAGCCCGAAUACCCAGGUCCGUUUAUGAUUUUCAACGAACCCGAUGAGAAGGCUGUCCUCGAGAGGUUCCUUUUGCAUAUCAAAGAAGCAAGGCCUACGGUUAUUGCGACUUAUAACGGUGACUUCUUCGAUUGGCCCUUCGUUGAAACACGAGCGAGCGUGCACGGGAUCGACCUAUACCAGGAAAUUGGCUGGAAAAAGGACAACGAGGACCAGUUCAAAUGCAACUACAGCGUUCACAUGGACUGUUUUCACUGGGUAAAUCGAGAUUCUUAUCUGCCCCAAGGUUCCCGAGGCUUGAAAGCUGUCACUGUGGCCAAGCUCGGUUACCAUCCAGACGAACUUGACCCAGAACUCAUGACUCCUUACGCUGCCGAGAGACCUCAGACCUUGGCAGAAUACUCCGUUUCCGAUGCUGUUGCGACCUACUAUCUCUAUAUGAAAUACGUCCAUCCUUUCAUUUUCUCGCUUUGUACCAUCUUACCGCUAGGUGGCGAUGAUGUUCUGAGAAAAGGAACCGGAACCCUCUGCGAAAUGCUUCUCAUGGUGCAGGCUUACCAGAAAGGCAUCGUACUACCCAACAAGCAUAUUGCUCCCAAGGAAGCCUUCUGGGACGGACACUUGCUCGAUUCAGAGACAUACGUGGGUGGCCACGUCGAGAGUAUCGAAGCCGGUGUUUUCCGAGCUGAUAUUCCUGUCGACUUCUCUGUAGACCCAGCAGCAAUUGAUGAACUUCUCAAUGAUUUAGAUAAUGCUUUGAAAUUCGUCGUCACCGUGGAAGAAAACAAGAAGCUCGAAGAUGUUGAGAACUACGACGAGGUCAGAGAGCAAAUCGCUGCGCGUUUGUUAAAGCUGAAGAAUACCCCCAAUCGACACGAACGGCCGUUAAUUUAUCAUUUGGAUGUUGCAUCUAUGUACCCUAAUAUCAUGACGACCAACCGAUUGCAGCCAGAUUCUAUGGUCCAAGAGUCAGACUGUGCUGCUUGCGACUUCAACCGCCCUGGCAAGACGUGUGAUCGAAGGCUGCCCUGGUCGUGGAGAGGAGAGUAUAUUCCAGCCAAGAGAGACGAAUACAACAUGAUCCGGAAUGCCCUUGAGAACGAAAAGUUCCCGGGGAAAACGCCAUAUGCGCCACCGAGGACAUUCCAAGAGUUGCCAGCAGACGAACGAGCAGGUCUGAUCAGAAAACGCCUGCAACUAUACUCACAAAAGAUCUAUCACAAGAUCCACGAUUCAACCACCAUUGUUCGCGAGGCAAUCAUUUGCCAAAGAGAGAAUCCAUUUUAUAUCAAUACGGUGCGAGAUUUCCGUGAUCGACGAUACGACUAUAAGGGCAAGACCAAAGUCUGGAAGGGCAAAACCGAUAGUCUAAAAUCUUCCGGUGCUGCCGCCAGCGAAGUGGAAGCUGCUAAAAAGAUGAUCAUCUUGUAUGAUUCUCUACAAUUGGCACAUAAGGUCAUUCUAAACUCGUUCUACGGCUAUGUCAUGAGAAAGGGCUCUCGAUGGUACUCUCUUGAAAUGGCUGGUGUCACUUGUUUAACGGGAGCUCAUAUCAUUCAGAUGGCACGUCAACUGGUUGAACGCCUUGGUCGUCCACUUGAGCUCGAUACUGAUGGUAUCUGGUGCAUGCUUCCAGCCACAUUCCCCGAAAACUUCUCUUUCAAGAUGAAGAAUGGAAAGAAGCUGAACAUUUCCUAUCCCUGUGUAAUGUUGAACCACUUGGUUCAUGGUCGCUUCACGAAUCAUCAAUACCAGACACUGGUUGAUGAUAAGAAACACAAAUAUGAGACGCAUAGUGAUAACUCCAUCUUCUUCGAGGUUGACGGUCCCUACAAAGCCAUGAUUCUCCCAACUUCGAAGGAGGAGGACAAGAACUUGAAGAAACGUUAUGCGGUUUUCAACGAUGAUGGGAGUCUUGCUGAGCUCAAAGGUUUCGAAGUAAAGCGCCGUGGUGAGCUGAAGCUCAUUAAAAUCUUCCAGCAGCAGAUCUUCAAGUUCUUCUUGGAAGGCACGAAUCUCGAACAGUGUUACACUGCUGUUGCCAAAGUUGCAAAUCAGUGGCUGGAUGUGCUACAUAGCAAAGGAUCGACUCUGGCAGAUGAAGAGCUCAUGGAGCUGAUUUCUGAAAAUCGAAGCAUGUCCAAGACACUGGAAGAAUACGGCACACAGAAGUCAACAAGUAUCACGACCGCUCGACGCUUGGCGGACUUUUUGGGUGAGCAGAUGGUAAAGGACAAGGGUUUGAAUUGCAAGUUUAUUAUCUGCGCUCGCCCUCGAAAUGCUCCCGUCACAGAAAGAGCUGUUCCGGUUGCCAUUUUCUCCGCAGAUGAGACUGUGAAGAGAACCUACUUGAAGAAGUGGCUCAAAGAGGAACCAGCUGAUACUGAUCCGCGUGCACUACUCGACUGGAAUUACUAUCUAGAGCGUUUGGGAUCCGUUAUCCAGAAGCUCAUUACGAUUCCUGCAGCCUUGCAAAAGGUUCGCAAUCCUGUGCCUCGAGUUCCUCACCCUGACUGGUUGCAGAGGAGGAUCAAUAUUAAAGAUGACAAGAUGAAGCAGAAGAAAUUGACAGAUCUGUUUGCCAAAGAGCCUUUGGGAGAUAUUACCAACAUCAAUGGUUCCCGAAUGGACGAUAUGGAAGACUACGGUAGCAAGCUCUUGAAGCCCAAGCCCGUGAACACAGCCGUUGCAUCCUCCCAGCCGGCGCCAACAGCUCAGAAGCGCAAGUCCCCUGAGCCUGCUGAAAAUAAAGAUCCCAUGGCCGCUCUGCCCAAGGUUAUGCCAAGCCCUUCUGAAGACUAUCCUGCGUUCCUGGACUACCAGAAACAAAAAUGGAGGAUUCAGAAGCUGGCCCGUGCAAGAAGACGGCAGCUUUUUGGCGAUCGCAGAGGUAUCGUUGGCGGCAACAUUCAGCAAACUUUCAUGAAACAAGCCCACGUCACAUACAUGAAUACAUGGCAGCUACUGCAUCUGAAGCCAACCGAUACACCCGGAAUCGUCACAGCACAUGUUUUGAUCGAUGCCAAGGUUCACAUACUUAAGAUCAAAGUUCCUCGGCAAGUGUUCCUCAACCUCAAGAGUGACAAGCUCCCCGAUGUAGAGAUUGAUGGGUGUGAGGUGGAACAAGUCAAUCAUACGCUACCCAAUGGCCAUCCGUCAAAACACCUUUUCAAGCUCACCGUCCCGGAGGAUAUUUAUUUCAACGAAUCGGAGAAAUUCUCUCUAUUGUUUAACCAUCCGAGUGUCGAGGGUGUAUAUGAGCGACAGCUCCCUCUUAAUAUGCGGGCCGUCCUUCGACUCGGUAACCUAUGUACCAUCGAUGAGCAGCAGCAUGCUGUACUUGGUAAGGGCUUAGAUCAAGGGUUUGACUUGGCUGGUUUGAAGCGCCCGGCAAAGUCCCGCGUCUACCUGGAUUCAUCACCCCUGGUAUACAUUUACAUCUCGCAUAUUACCGCUGGAGACCGACAGAUUUUUGGUAUAUUCUCGACGACAGGUGACCAAGCACAUAUCGUGAUACUGCAGAAGAGUAGGGAUUCGGGCCACGACCUGCCAAAUGUCACGAGAAUAUACUCUGAAAUGCUAGCAAAGAGAAAAGAGGAGGCCGCAGGAACCAACUGGCAAGACUGCUUCAAAUACCAGGACUCGGUCAAGUUUAAGAUAGCCCAGGUGACGACAAGGCGCAAGGCACACUUGGAGAUUAGCGAUGUGGUCAAGAAGAUGCGGAAAGACGAGGCCAGACCCCAGAUGUUGGUUGUCCAGUCUUCCCAGAGCAAUCUUCUUGUCCAUGAUAUUCCAAUCCUGGGCGAGUUUCCAGUACUCCCCCUCAAGUAUGACGCUGCGGAUAGCUCGCUGCCACCUCUUGGCUGGCAGUCUGUAGUUGCUCGACGCCUAGUUGGACACUAUCUUGGAUUGGGAUCCUGGAUCCUGCAUCUCACAACACUUGCAAGAUACGGAGAGGUCCCUCUCUGUAAUCUUGAGCGAGAGGACCCGCGAUUCCUGAUCGAUGUCGCAUAUGCUCGUCGUCUGCAAGCCAACGGCGUGGUUCUCUGGUGGUCUCCAGGACCUCGACCAGAUCACGCAGGAUACGAGCAAGAUGAUUUGUUGGGUCCCCUGGACACGGUGAAAUUACCCAAUGUCAAUAACCCGGGAACUUACUCAUCUGUGUGUAUUGAUUUGGAGGUUCGCAAUCUGGCCAUCAAUACCAUCUUGACUUCGUCUCUGAUCAAUGAGCUGGAAGGGGCCGAAGCCAUCUCAUUCAACCCCACAGCCGACGGGUCUGAGGUACUGGCUUCCGAGAGCGCCUUUGCCAACGCCGGUGUGGUUGUGCUCCGAGAGAUGGUCAAGGCGUGGUGGACCGAGGCAUGUCGCGGCAGCACCAUGGCCGACGUCUUGGUGCAACAUCUAGUACGCUGGGUGGAAAAUCCCGAUUCGUUCAUGUACGACCGAGCUCUGCACUACUACAUGCAGAUGAUGUCGCGCAAGGCAUUCCAGCAGCUGAUGGCAGAUUUCCGCCGCGUGGGGUCCCAGGUUGUCUUCGCCAAUGCCAACAGACUCAUUCUCCAGACCACCAAGGGAGAGGUGGCCAACGCCUACGCCUACAGUCAAUACAUCAUCAAGUCCAUCAAGUCGAAACCCCUAUUCCACUUUAUUGACCUUGAGAUCAAGGAGUACUGGGACUACAUGGUCUGGUAUGAUGAGUUCAACUAUGGCGGGCGAGCCUGCCAGGAGGUCAGCGAGGCGGAGGAGCAGAACCUGGAGACGAUCAUGAACUGGCAAAUGGCGACAUUCCUCCCCAAGCGCCUGCAGCCGACGUUCCAGGAGUGGGUUGUGGAGUUCAUCCAGCUCAUGCACGGGCUCAAGCGGCCACAGAACGACCUCGCCGAUUCGACACCCCGACUCACCCAACUCCCCAGUGACCACCUCGAAAGUAUGGAGGGUCAGAUAAUAUCUGGCAAGACAUUCGAGAAGCCGCUCAAGAAGGCUAUACAGGGGCUCGUCAACCAGCAGAAGCGAGAGCUCCUCCACCCGGAACUGGCAGAGGAUUACAGUUUCCCCAGUCUCCCUGGUUCACACCUCCACCCUCGCGAUCCUAUCCUGGAGCUGGUCAAGUCUCUUAUGCAAGUUCUAUCCCUGGACAAGAACAUCACAAUGGAGGCGCGUCUGCUGCGCAAGGAGCUUCUCGCCCUCUUCGAGGUCCGUGAGUUCUCUAAGGAGGGUACUUUCACCAACCCGUCGGAGAGCCUGAAGCUGUACCAGGUAUCGUGCGAUAGCUGUACAAUGGCGCGAGACCUGGACCUGUGCCGCGACGAGGAACUAUUCGGGGAGGGCGGCCAGCAGGCCUGGCGCUGCGGAUUCUGUGGGAACGAGUUCGACAAGGUUGCGAUCGAGGAGCGACUGCUGACCAUGGUGGAGAGCUGGGCCGUGGAAUGGGCCACGCAGGACCUCAAGUGCCAGAGGUGCGGCGCAUUGAGGGUGAACGACUUUAUGGAGCAUUGCACGUGCAGUGGAGAGUGGCAGUGCGUGGUUUCAAGAGAGGAGGUGAGCAAGAAGCUGGGAGUGAUUCGCAAGGUCGCCAAGUUCUACAAGCUGAGAAUGCUGGCGGAUGUUGCAGAGGCGUUAUCGAAGGAGUUAUAG